AUGACUUCGUUGUCUCAUCAGCAGCGGCAGCAGCAGCAGCAGCAGCAGCAGCAGCAGCGAGCUACGCUGCCUCAGCAGCAGCAGCAGCAGCAGCAGCAGCGGCAGCAGCAGCAGCAGCAGCAGCACAGGUUCCGCUCCUCUGAGGUCCCUUCAUCGAACCCCCAGACGGCGCAGCGUGUGCGGGUAGCGGCGCGCUCUGCCAUACAGCAGGUGCAGCAGCAGCAGCAGCAGCAGCAGCAGCAGCAGCAACAGCAGCAGCAGCAGCAGCAGCAAAAUGUAUCGUACAGACGGUCGUCCGUGGGCUGGCUGCAGGGUCUGCUGCUGCAGCAGCAGAGCCCCACCCUAAACCGGCAUGUGAAGGCAGCAGCAGCAACUGCUGCAGCAGCAACUGCUGCAGCAGCAACUGCUGCAGCAGCAAGAGCAACACCACCGCCAACUGCAGUAGCAGCAGCUGCUGCAGCAGCGAAUGGAGCUGCAGCUGCAGCAGCAGCGCCAGCAACUGCUGCAGCAGCAGCAGCAUCGCCGCCAGCAGCAGCAGCAGCUGCAGCAAAAGCUGCAGUACCACAGCGAGCUGCUGCUGCUGCAGCACGAGCUGCAGCAGCUGUUGCAGCAGCAGGGGAGGCAAUCAGGCCGGCAGCAGCAGCAGCAGCAGCUGCUGCUGUGCCUGCUGCUGCCACGCAUGCAGGUGUAGCAGCAAAGCCAGCAGCAGCAGCAGUAGUACCAGCAGCAACAGCAGCUCAGUCAGAAGCAGCAGCUGCAGCUGCUGCUGCAGUGCGUGUUGCAGAUGCUGCAGCAGCAGCAGCAGCAGCUAUUGCAGCAGAACCUGCUGAUGUUAAUGGUAGUGGUGGUGUUGCUGCUACAGCUGCAGCAGCAGCAGCAGCUGCUGCUGCUGCUGCCGUUACAGACGAGGGCGCGGCUGCUGUCUGCCGCAGCAGCAUGGAAUACCACAACAAGCGCAGCAGCAAAAUCAGCAAGCACAGCAGCAGCAAGAGCAGCAGCAGCAGCAGCAAGAGCGGCAGCAGUAAGAGUGGCAGCAGCAAGAACAGCAGCAACAGUAGCAGGGGCAGCAGCAGCAACAGCAGCACCCGAUACCCUUCCAGUAGCAAGACAAGUACUAGCAGCAGCAGAAGCAGCAGUAGCAGCAGCAGUAAGAGCAGCAGCAGCAGCAGCAGCAGCAGCAGCAGCAGCAGCAGCAGCAGCAGCAGCUGCAGCACGCCACCCCGUUGUGACGCCUUGAAUGAUAGCCAGCGGCAAACAGCAGCUGCCACAUCAGCAGCAACAGUAGCAGCAGCAGGACAAACGCCUCCUGCUGCUGCUGCUGCUGCUGCUGCUGCUGCUGCUGCUGCUGCUGUAUCCGUAGCUCAGGGAGCGCCUACAGUAGCAGUAUGCCGCCACACGCAAACUCAGCAACCACAGCAGCAGCAACAGCAACCGCAGCAGCAGCAACAGCAGCAGCAGCAGCAGCAGCAGCAAGUUGUUAAACGAAUGGAUGAGCCGGUAGUUGCCAGGGAGCUGUAUGAAUUGCAGCAGCAGCAGCAGCAGCAGCAGAAAGAGCAGCAAAGUCAGCUUCUCUUACAAGAAUCCCUUCAGCAGCAGCAGCAGCAGCAGCAGCAGCGGAUUAUGCACCCGUCAGUGGAGCAACAGCAGGAGCAGCGGCGGCAGCAGCAGCAGCAGCAACAGCAACAGAAGCAGCAGCAGCACCGGCAGCCUCAAGACCAGCCGCAAGAGGUGCAGCAGGUGCAGCAGUUGCAGCAGCAGCAGCAGCAGCCAGAGUGCCGACCAUCAAGCAGGGAGCUGCCCAAGCGACAGCAGCAGCAGCAGCAGCCGCAGCAGCAGCAGCAGCAGCACCCGCCGCAGCAGCAGCAGCGCAAGAAAAAGCAGCAGCUACAGGCCUCAGAUGAAGCCUCAACAAUGGGAGCUAAUUCUGCUGCUGCUGCUGCCGCUGCUGCAGAUGCUGCAGCAGCAGCAGCAGCAGCUAUUGCAGCAGAACCUGCUGAUGUUAAUGGUAGUGGUGGUGCUGCUGCUACAGCUGCAGCAGCAGCAGCAGCUGCUGCUGCUGCUGCAGUUACAGACGAGGGCGCGGCUGCUGUCUGCCGCAGCAGCAUGGAAUACCACAACAAGCGCAACAGCAAAAGCAGCAAGCACAGCAGCAGCAAGAGCAGCAGCAGCAGCAGCAAGAGCGGCAGCAGCGCUGUAUCCGUAGCUCAGGGAGCGCCUACAGUAGCAGUAUGCCGCCACACGCAAACUCAGCAACCACAACAGCAGCAGCAGCAGCAGCAGCAACCGCAGCAGCAGCAGCAACAGCAGCAGCUGCAGCAGCAGCAGCAGCAGCAAGUUGUUAAACGAAUGGAUGAACCGGUAGUUGCCAGGGAGCUGUAUGAAUUGCAGCAGCAGCAGCAGCAGCAGCAGCAGCAGCAGAAAGAGCAGCAAAGCCAGCUUCUCUUACAAGAGUCCCUUCAGCAGCAGCAGCAGCAGCAGCAGCGGGUUAUGCACCCGCCAG